AUGGAUCACCGACCGCAAGCAUGGGGCCGUCCUAGGGACGAUGUAUACGGUGCAUACGAUGCUUCCUACCUCCAGACCGCCGGCCCAAAGGCAGCGACACAAUCACCCGUCGUUACCGGCACCUCAGUCAUUGGCCUGAAGUUCAAAGAUGGAGUCGUUAUAGCGGCCGACAACCUAGCAUCCUACGGCGCUCUCGCCCGCUUCUCCUCAACCCACCGCCUCCGCUCGUUCGCCAACUCAUCUGUCGUCGGCUUCGGUGGCGACGUCUCGGACAUGCAGUACCUCGACCGCCACCUGACCGAGCUGGCCAUCGACGAAGCUUACGCCAACCCCGCCGACGAGACCACGGAGAGCAGCAGCGGCGCCAGCAGGGACAGCUCCCUCAACGCGCAGAACCUGCACAAGUACCUGUCCAAGCUCCUGUACGGGCGCCGGAACAAGUUCGACCCGCUGUGGAACCAGAUACUGGUGGCCGGCCUCGACGCCGACGACAAGCCGUUCCUGGCCUCGGCUGACCUGCUCGGCACCACCUUUUCGGCCCCGGCCCUGGCCAGCGGCUACGGCAGCAUGCUGGCCAUCCCCAUCAUGCGCAGGGCCGCCGGCAGUGAGGAGGAGGCCGCCAAGCUGUCGCGCGACGAGGCAGUCGCCGUCGUCAAGGAAUGCAUGAAGGUUCUCUUUUACCGCGACGCCAGGAGUUCCGACUCGUACUCGCUCGCCGUCGUCACCAAGGACGGCGUUGAGCUGAGCACCGACGAGAAGCUCGAGCAGCAGAGCUGGGCAUUUGCCGACAGGAUCAAGGGCUACGGCACACAGACCGUCUAA